UUUAAGGCGCCCCCCCCCUCCCCAGUGCGCGCUCCCGGCGCUAUAUCUGGCGUGCAUGGAGGAGCGCGGGGUCACAGUCGCAUCUUCUCUGCCUGACACACAGCAUCAUUCCGAGCGGCCGAGAGGAACUGCAAACUUUCAAUCCGCCUCGACAACACGCUCUCCACCCUCCGUCACCUCCAGACCCGGGCCAGCUCGCCUUUACUGCAUGGAGUCCUUCUGCGGCUGAACUCCGGAGCCCAACUUUGCUCGGACUUUCACGCUUUGCAUUUGUCUUUUAUUCUCGCAGAGGCGCCGUCGGAUACGGAUUUGUUUCACAUCUGAGUCCAGAUGUUAGUCCAUACUUACUCGGCCAUGGAGCGCGCUGACGGAUUAAAUGGGACCCCGCCAGGAGGCCGCCUAUCCCAGCUCUCAUCCCUCAACCAGGCUGGUUACUCCUCGGCUCCCCCACUCUGUCACACCCCGUCCUCCGACUUCCAGCCGCCCUACUUCCCGCCGCCAUACCCGCAGCCGCCCCUGUCCUACUCUCAGAGCCAGGAGGCCGGCUACGCGCAUCUCUCUGACCCCUACUCAUCCAUCAGCCAGAUCCACCAGCACCAGCACUCAGCCUGGCACUCGCAGAGGGCGCGCCAAGAGGAAGCGGGGCUGCUGUCUCAGUCACACCGGGCUCUGAGUCUCGAUCCUCGCAGAGAAUAUGGAGUUCCGCGGCUUCUCCACGGACUCGGGGAUGGAGGGGCCGGGCUGGCAGACGCCUCGCUGGGGCUGCACGGGUUGGGGCACCACGGACUGGAGGACAUUCAGGGUAUGGAUGACGGCUCUGCAGUGGGAUUGCUGGAUCAUUCAGUCAUUAAGAAAGUGCCCCUCCCCUCCAAGAUGAACGGCAGCUCCCUCUCUGCUCUCUCCCUCAACAAGGACGGCCUGAUUGGAGGGGUGACCAACCCCAACGAGGUGUUCUGCUCCGUCCCGGGGCGCCUGUCUCUGCUCAGCUCCACCUCCAAGUACAAGGUGACGGUCGGGGAGGUGCAGCGCCGGCUCUCCCCCCCGGAGUGCCUCAACGCAUCCCUGCUGGGAGGAGUGCUGCGCAGGGCGAAGUCAAAAAACGGAGGCCGCUGUUUACGAGAGAGGCUGGAGAAGAUUGGGUUAAAUUUACCUGCAGGCAGGCGCAAGGCAGCCAACGUGACUCUCCUGACAGCACUGGUGGAAGGUGAGGCAGUCCACCUGGCUCGUGAUUUUGGAUAUUUGUGUGAGACAGAGUUCCCAGCGAAAGCUGCAGCCGAGUACGUGAGCCGCCAGCACGCGGACCCCUCAGACCUGCACACCCGCAAGAGCAUGCUGCUGGCCACCAAACAGAUCUGUAAGGAGUUUGCAGACCUGAUCGCUCAGGACCGCUCUCCGCUGGGUAACAGUCGCCCCACUCCCAUCCUGGAGCCCGGGGUGCAGAGCUGCCUGACGCACUUCAGCCUCAUCACACACGGCUUCGGGACUCCUGCCCUCUGCGCAGCACUCACCGCCUUCCAGAACUACCUGCUGGAGGCGCUCAAGAGCCUGGACAAGUCCUUCCUGAGCACCAACGGGCAUGGAGAGCCAGGGAGCAAGGGGGGCAGCGACAAGGAGCUGAAACACCGCAAAUAAGAACCUGCCUGCCUACCUGACUGACUGACUGACUGACUGACCGACCGACCCACCGACAGGCACUCAGGAGAUACACAGACAGGCAGACACAUAGACAGACAGACAGACAGACAAACACACAGACAGGCAGGCAGACAGACACACACACAGACAGGCAGGCAGACAGACAGACACACACAGACAGACACACACACACACACACACAGACAGGCAGGCAGACAGACACACACACACACACAGACAGGCAGGCAGACAGACACACAGACAGACAGACAGACAGACAGACAGACACACAGGCAGGCAGACAGACACACACACAGACAGACACACACACAGACAGGCAGGCAGACAGACACACACACAGACAGACACACACACACAGACAGACAGACAGGCAGGCAGGAAGGCAGACAGACAGACAGACUGUGGGGGUUUCGUUAAUUUAUUUGUAUUAUUUUAUAAUUGGGACAGUAAGAGUGAAGCACAGGGGCCAGUGAAGAUGACCCUGCCUUGGACACUGGCUGCCUUCACCUGGGGGACAUGCUUCAAAGCCAGCCAGUUAGGUGGACUGGCAAGGGAAGGUGGUCUCAGUGCCACUUUAACCCGCAUCACAUCGCACGAGAAACACCAACACAACGAGUGUCAGUGAAACACAGUGGCAUGGCAGCUCCCGGCGAGACUGCGUUGAGGACUGCUCCUGGUGUGCCUGCAGGGAGCCAUCAUCACCUCUCUGCUCUGCUUUGUAACGAGUGUAGGUGAGGACAGGACUGUGCAGGAGAGGCCAGUCCAGCUUGCACACAGUGUGAGAGAACGCUGCUUCUUAAUCUGAGGACUCUGAGGAACAGACACAACCGAAUUCAAAACACACUCCCUGGCAUUAGACCCAUCAAAAAGCAACAGUCCCCACAGCUUGGACUAGAGCUGGCUUCCUGUGUGUGUUUACAAAGCAGGUGUUAACAGCAGGGUCUGCCGUGCCAGCCCUGGAACCUGCACCCCCGCUGCCCGACUCCGCAGAGUCCGCACUGUAACAAACCAGACCACUACAACACUAGCAAAGGUUCAAACAGGGGGCUGAAAAUACAUGUUCAAUGAAAAAACUAAAGCACAACUAAAGGAUUUCGGGUGGGGCAGAAGGGAGCUGUUUACUGGUGUAUAUAUUUAUUUAUGUGUGGCUGCAGAGGCGUACCUGCGAGGGUCAUUUCUAUUAGUGUGAGGAGCGAGGGAGGGAGCGAGGGAGCGAGGGAGAGAGGGAGUG